GUGACAUCAUCUUGGGAUGGGGGAAGGGAAUCCGACUUCCGAAGAGCAAAGGUGUAUUUACAUUGAGUUCGUUUAAAGAUACGUAAGAAUAUCUUUGGGUAUACGUGUAGUAACGUUAGACCUUUUACGAUGACAUGACGGCUAUUGUACUAAAGUAUGCCUGUUUUAGCGGUUUGAAUGGUAUUGUGGAUUUUGUUGCGUUUUGGUGGAAAACAGACGGGAAAAAAACUUCCGUGUAACGAAGAGACAUGCCGAAGCUCCAGGCGAUCGCGCUCGUGCUAAUCGUAUUUCCUAUAGAGCUGUUGUCUAUCCAAGUCUCAGUUCCUCAGACAGAGAGACACACAACUCUGUUUGCUUCAGUUCUUCUGCGGUGUGAUUACUCCACAACUGCGAACACACAAGAUGUUCUGGUCACAUGGCGAUAUAAGUCCUUCUGUUUGGAUCCAGUGCUGGAGUAUUACUCCAUUGCGUACCAAGCAGCUCUGGCUCUGAAGCAGGACCCAGCCAAUGAUUGUCCAGACAUUCAGCGGACUGUGCGCAUAGUGAUUCAGAAGAGAGGAAUGAAUGAAGCUACUCUGGGACCCGAGUAUCGAGAUCGCAAGAUCUACGUACAAAACAAUGCAGACCUAGUCAUCAAUGAGGUCAUGUGGUGGGACAACGGCAUGUAUUUUUGCACCAUCGAUGCAGCGGGUGAUGUUGUGGGGGACUCCGACAAGGAAAUCAGGCUCAUCGUGUAUCACUGGCUGACGGUGCUGUUGAUCAUUCUUGGAGCUUUGCUUCUGAUCAUAUUGUUUGGCGUGUGCUGCUGCCAGUGCUGUCCUCAGAACUGCUGCUGUUAUGUGCGCUGCCCAUGUUGUCCUCGAACCUGCUGCUGUCCUGAAGAGGCUGUCAUGCACCACAGGAUGAUGCGUGAAGCUCAGAAGGCAAUGGUGCCAUGGUUUAAUGGUCAGCCCAUCUAUGCUCCUAUUGCCUCCAAUGCAUCUUCUCAAGGAAACCCUCUACUGUAUUCAGGCUCUUUUUCUGAACCUCCAUCCAACUACCCCAUGGGCCCAAUGGCCAUGCCUCCCCCUCAGACUGGCCCACCCUUCAUAGCUCCCCACGGAUACCAUCCCAACGGCAGCAUGAAUGGGAGUGCACAUGGAAAUAACCAGAUGUUAGAAUAUCUAGAAAACCAGGUUAGAGGAAUGGAAAUGGCAGCCCCGGUGCUCCAGCCUCAGCAUCACACAGCAGUCCCGCUUCAGAAGCAUCAACCUCAAUAUAUGCCUCAGCCAUCCCAGGCUGUAUCCUUUCCAGCCAGGCCACCCAGCAUGCUGUCAGCCCUGGAUGAAAUGGGCGUCCAAGGUGUGGAGCGCAGGGUCAUCCAGCUGCCUCCGAUCGUGGGACGAGCAAAACAGAGCUCACGGCGAGCCAAUGACGGUGCCCGUGGGAAACCCAGGCAGUCAAGACAGUCCAGCGGUAGCUCUAAUCGCAACGGUUCUCAUCGUGAUGACUCCUGGAGGGGGCCGGUAUCUUCACGUAGAGAGAUCCCGCGCAGCUACAGUGAUGAGUCAGACUGGGGUGAAAGGCGUGGAGGUCGAGGUUCCUCGGGACGCAGGGGAGGAUCAGGUUCAGAGUGGUCUCGUCCACAGGCUCGCACUAAAGGGGAGCUGCUGGAGGAGUUGGAGCGUGCUAAUUGGAGGGACAGAAGCUAUUCGCCUGCUCCACACAGAAACUCCUGGAGUUCAGAUGAGGACGAUUAUAGAAAAGGAACGCGAUCUCAAGGGAAGUUGGUUGAGAAGCCACCAGAUUACUCUACUAUUGACAUUUUGCCUGGCCACAGCAGAAGGAACGACCAAUUUUCUGAAAAGAGUUCUCGCAGUGGUACAAGCGUUGUGAUCUGAAUUCUUACCCUUCUUCGUCCUUCGUUUCCAACCCACUUUAUUUCUACUACUCCACUGCAUUUGAAUAUCUACAGGAGCAGACUGUUAUCAUUGGGACUAAUGGUGCACUAUUGCGCAACUGCCUCUGAAACACAGUUAAUGCAGCUUUAUGUUUUUAUUUUACGUAUUUUAAGUAGGUUUGAGAUGUGAUAAUUUCUUUAUUUUAUACUGGAACUUUUUUACCAUACUAUUGAUUAUUACUAUUGAUAAUCAAAUACCAAGUAUUUGAUUAGUACUUGGUAUUUGAUUAAUUUUCAAACAUGACAAAUGGAAUUGAACAGGUGUUGUAACUUUUGUUUUGUUACAUAUUUCAAAGUGAAAUAAAUGAUCAAACAAGAAAAACAAUAUAUAGACCACUUCUGAAGACAAAAACAAUGCUGGUCCAAAAGAAUGUCCUUUUUUAGUUUUUAACACUGCGCAAACAUUUGAACAGAAUACUACCAACAGAACAUUUAUGACCAAAUGAUGUUAAACAAAGAUUUAAUUAUAUAUGUAAGAUGGAGGAUGGAGUCCAAGGACUGGACUUGGUUUUUGUCCCUUGUGAAAAGUGGGUAUUUCAUACGGACUGAUAAGAAUAAUAGAAAUGUGAUGUUCAUAACAUCAGUGCAGAAGAAAAAGAAACACUUGCAGCAGAAAAAGAAACAUUUGUAGCAUAUAUUCAAAAAUAUAUAUAUUAAAAUCACCUGUUACAUGCAUUAUAAAAAUAAACAGGGUCAAUUUUGAUUUCAUGCCAACUUGAAGUGAUGACACUUCAGUGAAUGCUGUACAAUAUAUAAAAAAAUCCUUUAAUUCACUUAUGUGUGGUGUUUGCCCUGUUUAGUUUUUGUUGGGUUUUGUUCUGUGCCGUUAUUCAAAUAAUAUUAUACAGUUUAUACUGAGGUGCAUUUUCAUAAACAACAGACUCAUUCUUUUGUUGUUUGCUGUUCAAUAUGUAUCAAUCUGAGCAUUCAAGGUAUUUGUACUGUCAUGCUGAAAUUGGUGUAACGUUAGACAUUGGAUAGAAAUUGCAAUAAAGUUUCUUUGAAGGC